GGGGAGCAAUGUACCAGGCGAUCCCGUACAGCAGCACCCGGCCGUGGCUGAGGCCUGAGCCGGCGGCGGCGGGCGUGGUCGACGUCGUGAAGGCGGAGACGAAGGCGGCCGCCGCGGCGAUCGCGCGGGGCGGUGAGGCGGCGGAGGUGGGGGUGGAGGAGGCGGCCGGGGUGCGGAGGGCGGUGGCGGAGAGCCCCGUGCUGGUGGUGGGGAGGCGCGGGUGCUGCCUCAUCCACGUGGUGAAGCGGCUCCUGCAGGGGCUCGGGGUCAACCCGGCCGUGCACGAGGUCGCCGGCGAGGCCGCGCUCAAGGGGCUCGUACCGGCCGGCGGGGAGGCCGCGGCGCUCCCUGCCGUGUUCGUCGGGGGAAAGCUCCUCGGUGGGCUCGACCGCCUCAUGGCCGUCCACAUCUCCGGCGAGCUUGUCCCCAUCCUCAAGAAGGGGACAAAGAUGUACGUAAGCAGUGAUGAGCACUGGAAAUUUUUUCAGUCCUACUCGUACGGGUUAGCGAAGAAGAGGAGAAACCCAACUUCUCCUCGAGAGAUUGCGCGGCUCGUGUGCCUUGGGCAGGUCUGAUUGGCUGGAGCUGUCCACGUACAGACCAAUUGACCCAACCAAUUAAUCCGGCAGCGACGGGAUCUGCACGAGAUCGACGAUAAAAAAAUAUCUCAUCCUAUCGCGAAGUACAACUCAUAUCUUAGGCGGUAUACAAUCUACAGCAACCUGUUCAUUCCUCGGACAUCAAUCACGGGGAGAACUCUUGUCAGCAUUUGGAUGUUCUGAGGGCCUGUUUGUUCUCUGACUUUUUUCGGUCUAGAUCAAAUCGAAUGUUUAUGUUUGAUAUUAAUUAAAAGUAUUAAAUAUAAACUAUUAAUAAAACAUAUCUUAUA